ACUUUUAAAUAAAGUUGUCCGUUGAAUAAGAUCCUACAAUCAUGGCGUCCGACCAGACCGGCGACGUAGUUCCUCCUUCUCUCUCAGCUAAAGUAGUUGGGUCGUUUGCUUACUUGACAGUGAGAGACAGAUUGCCCACCAUCCUCACCAAAGUGAUAGACACACUCCAUCGCAACAGAAACAUUUUUUUUGAAGAAUAUGGGGAGGAGGGAAUCCAAGCAGAGAAGCAAGCCAUUUCUCUGCUGUCCAAGUUGAGGAACGAGUUGCUAACAGACAAACCCAUACUCGCCCUGACGGACGGCCUGGAGGACACGGACCCUUGGAACCGGUACCUGCAGAGACAACAGUGGCAGCAUGGCAAUCAGGAACUGGUUAGCUGGUUUAAGUCCCCAUGGCUGUAUGUGGAGUGCUACAUGUACCGCAGGAUACGGGAGGCCCUCUGGCUCAACCCUCCCAUCAGUGGCUACGAUGUCUUCAAGGAGGGGAAGACUCAGAGCUUCUUUGAGUCUCAGCAGGCUAUCAUGGCUUUGUGCACAUUCUUUGAGGGCUUCAACAAGAACUUGGGAGACAUCCCCGAAAAUCAGCUUCAGGAGUAUUUCAACAAACUGCUACAGAUUUGUCUUUGGGGGAACAAAUGUGAUCUGUCAAUCUCUGCUGGGAUGGACAAUUCUCAGAAGACAAGUCCCAUCGACUCUCUAGCUACCCUGCAGAAGUUCAUCUUAGUGGAUGACUCAGACGUGAUGUGGUCGAGGCUCAUUUCUGCACGCCAACAAAGACACUCUGGGAAAAGGAGCUCAGUUCGAGUGGACUUUGUUCUGGACAACGCUGGCUUUGAGUUGGUCACUGACUUGGUCUUGGCCGAUUUCCUGGUGUCCUCCGGUCUGGCCCAUGAGGUCCACUUCCAUGGCAAAUCCUUCGCGUGGUUCGUCUCGGACGUGACGGCCGAGGACUUUCAUUGGACCAUCCGGCAAAGCAUGGCGGCCAAUCACAGGUGGACGUCUCAAAGAGGCGUGCAAUGGCAGCAAUAUGUGAAGGAGGGAAUGUGGUCCUAUCACGACCAUCCCUUCUGGACACAGCCCAACGAGUUCUGCGACAUGGCGGCCGACGCUCCGGACCUGUACGCGACUCUACAGUCAGCAGACUUGGUGGUGUUUAAAGGCGAUCUCAACUACAGGAAGCUGGCGGGAGAUCGCGACUGGGACCACACAGUGGCCUUUGAGCGUGCGCUGAGGGGAUUUGGACCAGCACCGCUGUGCAGUUUGAGGACUCUUAAGGCCAACAUUCAAGUGGGUCUGCAGCCAGGUCAGGGGAGCAAGCUGAGCUCUCAGGACCAGGACUGGAUGACAUGCGGAAAGUACGCCGUCAUUCAGUUCCACAGCCCAAACUCGGAUCAGCAAGACUGACCUCGCGAUCAAUGAUCAACUCUUGUCUUCAAGCCAUAACGCAAUGGGGUCAUUGUCACUUUUUCACUCGCUCAUAGAGAAAUCACUUAACAUCACUAUCAUUUUGUAACAACUGCUUCUCAAUCUAAUGUUUUUCUUUGAUUUCUUCACAUCCGAGUUUUUACAGUUCAAAGUUAAUAAUGCUGUGAAAUAAUUAAUAAAAAGUAAUGGUAAGGUGCCAGUAUAUUGUGCUAUGUCUUAAUGUUUACGGGUGAUGUUGUUUGACGCGAGCUGUCCUUAAAGUUAGCUUCAGUCAUUAGGCUGCACUGGGCCUGUUUUCAUGAGAUGUUACUCUGAUUUUGUACAAAAAGCAAACACUGAUUUCAAGUAAAUCUUUAAAUGAGU